AAGAUUUAAAAGAAAAAUUCCACGGUUCCAUUGAACGACGAUAAAACGAUAAAGCGAAUAGUCUCUAUUCACGAGACAAAAAGAGCCAUCAAAGUCGGAGAUGCCGUGUCGCACGAAAUCUUCUUCUUCGUAUGUACGAAUCGAGCGCAAAGUGCCAGAAGUUUUGCCGCAGUUUCCUAUUCAAGUGGCAGGUGAAAGAGCGUUGCAACGUUCCACGAGGAAGGCAAGGGUAAUUUCGUAGCUUCCUGCGUGAACACGGUGACGCGAAUAAUUGCACGAGAAACGGGACACGGAAUAAAAAGUAGGGGAAGGAGGAACAUAAAGGAAAAAUGGGAGGACGAAAAUUCUACUACUACUUCUACUGCUAUAUGCCUGCAAAAUCACUGUCAUCAUUGCGGUCCCUCUCUUUCUGCCUUCUUUGUCUCUUGUUCGUUGCGUGCCGCGCGUAACUGCGAUCGAUAUCGCAGUUUCAUUUCCAAAGAAAUGUAACGGUCGGGUGUUGUCCACGACCGCUGGAUACACUGGAUAUACACCCGCAAAAAGCGUCGAAAGCGGCGCGAUAACCAGAACGAUCAGAGAUUUUUCUUUUCAAAGAACUCAAUUAGGAUCUUGGUCUUUCUGCUUCUUUUUUCGGCCCAUCUUUUUAUUCCUUUCGUGCCAUUCAGCUCAGAAAAACGGGACACUUCACGGCGAAGUUGUAAAUAAUCUCUGAUUGAAAGGUUUGCAACAAGAAAACGAUCCUUAUCCAACUUCCACGUUAUGCAACACAUUUUUCUUCCUUCGAUCUAACUGCAAUUUGAAUAACUCGAGUAAAAAUCACGAGUAAUAAAUUAACUGCCUGUACUUUCUGUUGAAAUAACAUUUUUUUCUCCUCCGUUUUGCUCCAACGAUUCGCACGAUAAACAGAUCCGCGUUUUGUGUAAUCGGGAUUACGAAAGCUCUCCCUCGUAUCUUCAAGUCGUUCAGCAUCGGCUCGUGAAAAUUAACUCCCGUUGCACGAUCGGGUUAUUAAACAACGUGUUAUUAAACAACGAAUUCCGUUUCACGCAUCUUGACCAAAAGAUCCAGCGAAAACACGAAGAGAGAUUCGUGAGAAUCUGGCAUAAAUUUUCGCGAUUCUCUUGCGUUAAAAAUCCUAUCUCUAAAAAAAAGGAUCUCUCUCUCAUUCAAAUCAGAGUGAAAAGAAUCUCGAGAGCAGAUUAUCCUCCACUUCUUUACCAAACUUUACUCCCUCCUCCGCCCGUAUAUCCAAGCGGAACAACCAAGAAGGCAGAUCCCUUCCCAGGAUCGAUUAAUUGCUCGACUGUGAAAUUGACGGAGUAAUUAACGGAUCGAGGAUCGCGCACGGUCUCGUUGGUUUUUUUCACGGAAGCGUGUCGCGUCCCAUUGUCGUCGAUCGAAAUGUUCCGUUGGGGACCAAUCGCGGCCAAUGAUCGAAGAGAAGAGAAGACGGAGGUGGAAUGGACAGUGUAUUUUUCGUCACGCGUCAAGUACCAAGUUAGAUGGUGGUCUCCUUCUCUGGCCUUUUCACGUCCCACCUAUAUAUAAACUAAUGGUCCGGCUUAGGGCGAAUGUCAGUUAACAUUUCAUUUGCCGAGUGGACGGUGCUCUUACGCGGUCAAUCGUCCGGUUUUACUUCUCUCGAGAAUCUGUAGAUAAGAAUAUUUGGUAAACGGUCGUUCGAUGGAUGUAAUCGCGUUCUUUUCCUUGCGAAAGUGGAUCGAAGUGAGAAAUUGAAUUUCUUGAGAAGUGAGGAUCGCUGGUGCAAGUUCCUAUUGUAGAAUAUAUUACAAAUAUUUACAUCGAUAGUAGCGAUUACAGAUGAGAUAGAAGGAAUGCUGUUGCUCAUGUAUCCGUUGCUCUUCCUGCCUCUGUUCACGAUGGCGGAAACCACGGAGGCAAGCAUGAUAAUACAGGAAAGGUGGAAGCCCCAGCUGGAGAAUUGGAGAAGGCCCGCGGAUUGGAUCGGCGAUGGGAUUUUGAACGUUGCGGGCACCGUUCUUCCUGUGACUCGAUCACCAUUCGACGGAAUACGAGCGCGUAGGAAGAAGAAGCACAAGUUGAACAAAUACGUUAUUCCCCUGAUCGUGGGAUUCAUGCUAAUAAAAUCGAUUCUGCUCCCUAUUGCCUUGAAGACUUUGGCCAUUUUAAGUGGCAAGGCGGUCGUUCUCAGCUUAAUGAGCUUGAUUCUGGCGGCCAUCGUGGGACUGAAGAGGGUCGCACAGGGCCACUCGGGAGGGAGUUACGAGGUUCUAACCGUGCCCCACAAUAAAUACAAGAGGCAAGAUUAUCUCGACACGGGGGACGACUUGAUGGACACCGAGCCUUACAAGUUUUAUAGGGAACGGCGCAGGAGAAAGAUCAAAUUUGUCGAGGAGUGAGGGAAAAAUUUUCUCCCCGAUUCCUGAAAAGCAAUCAAAGAAGAUGAAUUUGACGAAUUCAUUAUAAAGAAUCGGGAAGAAUCUUAAAGUUCUCGUUUCCAACAAUUGAGGAAGGUAAU